AUGAGUCCGCGACCAACCUGCAUGCUUCAUCUGCAGUUCUCAUUUGCCCUCAUCAGCCACCUCACCGACAGCGCCCAGCACGAGAACCCCACUCAUGUGCGGCAAGUGGCUGAUGGUGCGCAAAGAGGCAAAAAGGCAAAGAGGCAACCACAAAAUGCAACUUCAAAUCACCUGAAGCAUUCACCAGAUGGACGCCAACGAUACAGCUGUGGCCAAAGUGCCCCCUUUGGUAGGUCACGGAAGUGAAAGUGCCGCAAGCGCGGAGUCCAAGAAACCCAUGGCUUCCUCGGGUCCUCGUUCAUCUUUGGCGCAUUCCCUGGGGGAGAGCCAAACUCAAGAGGCCAAUUACAUUCCGGAAAUGAUCAUCCCAUGCACCUUUGUAGAACUGUCCAACUCUGCAGAACUGUUCACCUCUGCAGAACUGUUCAACUCUGGCGCCUACAGCAAAGUCUACCGAGUCGGUAUUCAUGAGGAUUACUGGGAUGACUGGUUCACCUCGAGUGCUACACAACGCCCCGAAUAUUACGCCGUCAAGAAGUUGCACAGCAAAGAUGAGGCGGCUUUUGUUCGCGAAGUCUCGGUGCUCCAGGAGCUCAACGAGUUUGCGCAUCCUCACAUCGUCCCGCUCCUCUCGUCCUUCAAGCUUGGCGACGAGCCCCAUCUCAUGUUCCCUUGGGCAGACUGCGAUCUGAGCAUGUUCUGGCGCCUGAAUGCGAACCCAGAGCCUUCCGUCACUACAGUGCGAUGGAUGUUGAAGCAGCUCACGGGCCUUGCGGAUGGCCUAUCUCUUCUACAUGGGUUCGAAAAAGGCAGAAAGGACCGACGAUGGGAUGGCCGGCAUGGAGACAUCAAACCGUCCAACAUACUCGUCUUCCCACAGCCCUCGGACACAGCUAAGGACUCUAUAGACAGGUAUGCCCUGAAGCUCUGCGAUUUCGGCCUGUCGUCCUUUCACAGGCGAGGAGUGGCGGAUGCAACCCCCAGAGAUCCAGAACUUUCACCCAAGCACACACCAGUCUACAGAGCGCCAGAGUUUGACUUGAAGCCUUGCGUCGUUGGGGAGUCUGCUGAUAUUUGGAGUCUUGGCUGCGUCUUCUUGGAGGCAGCCUCAUGGCUUGUCGCGGGUGCCAAUGGGCUCCAAUGCCUCGCCUAUUGCCGGGAAGAUUCAGGAUCCAGCGCGCCGAGUCAUGAUGCGUUCUUCAGCAUGAGUUCUCUUACGGAUGGCAACUGGGACAGUCAGCCUACUCUAAAGGCUCAAGUUUGUGACAUGCUCGUUGUCGAAAGCAGUAAUCCUCCGCGGCAGAGAUCAUCGUCUCAGGAAGUGUGUGAGGCACUUGUUCGGCUACUCGAAAAGCUUGGAGCCGACGAGAACUAUGCCUCGCCUCGCUGCGCGAACUGCGCCCAUCAUCCUGAAGACUAUAUCGGGCGCCCUGGUGAUAAUCAGUGUCCAACACACGGAGAUGUGCUGAAAAUGGCACCUUCGAAGCGGAGCCACGACGGCAAGAGAAAGCGACAAGAGACGUACGCACCGGACGAUAAGGAGAAGAGCGCAGCAUUUGCGCAACCGCAGCGCUUGCUUGCGUGCCCAUUCUACAAAGCAGGAAUGCCCAUGGGGCGGGCAUGCAUGGGACCUGGCUGGGAGUCAGCCCAUCGGAUGAAGGAGCAUCUGCUUCGCCCCCAUACUCCGAAGAGCUUUAGGGACCCUUCGGGCUGCCCUCGAUGUCUUGAGGGUUUUAAGACGAAAGAACUGCUGGCACAGCAUUUGCGCCAAGAACCGCAGUGCCUCAUCAAGGCGCCGGAGAUCAUCGCUGGACAAUUGACGCUUGAGCAAGCGGCAAACUUACGAUCGACUAGGAAGAAGUCGGACAUGAGCGAGGAAGACAGGUGGUUUGAGAUAUACCAGAUCCUAUUUCCCGGUCAUGAUCUGAGCACGAUGAAUCUGACUCCAUACCACGAGAUGACUGUGUCAUCCGUUGAUACUCUCAGCACGCAGAGCUCGACUGUGGCUGAGAUCAGAACCUACUACCAGCAGUCGCUUCAGGAGAAGAUGCAGAAGAUGGAAGCUGAGUUCAGGGCCAUGGGAUUUGACCCGGAGACGUCCAAGACCCUGGCGGCCAAGUUCCACCAGGAUCAGCUCAAAUCACUCCAGGAGUUCGAGGACAACAAGCUCAAGGUAACCUACGACAUUGGUGUGGGCGGCAGCGACUCCAAGGCGCACGCGACUCCGGGCAGACUCAUCGAUCCCGCUGGGGCGUUCGAUUUCGACCCAUAUUUUGGGGUGCCUGGGGGAAGCGGGGAGGACGAACUGGACUUCAUGCUGCCCUUCAAGAUGACUCAGAGAACUGAAAAGCUCCUCCUGUACCUUGUUAAGAUAGAAAUAGAGAGCAUUGUUCGCCAUGGCAUGAACGACCCGACUGCAACUGUAAUUGUUGCUGUCCUUGAGGAGGGAGACCAAUGUUGGAGCGGAAAGCCUGACAUUGUUGGCUUUUGUAUCUGGUUUGGAGAGAAUGGCGACGAGGAGACUGAUAAGGACGAGGGCAUUGAGAAAAAGGCCUUGCUAUCGAGAAUAAAAACCUUCAUCUCUGGUUCUGAAGUUUUUCAAUACGCAUCCGACCUAAUAGAUCCACUGGUAUCAGCCCAGAAUGCCGCCAUCAUGGCUCGCACAUGCCGCCUCCCAUCCUCAAAUCAUUACUUUUGCGACAGAAUCGACAGCCUACCUCAGUACGGGAUCAUGGACAUUGCCGUGCACCCCGACUUUCAGUGUCGCGGCGUCGCGCGAAGGCUUGUCGAGUGGGGGAUCAACAAGGCCAAGGAGGAAGCCGUACCCAUCGAGCUCUCUGCUACGCCCGAGGGGUCGGGACUGUACGCCAAGCUGGGUUUUAAGAAGGUUGGCGUUUGGAGAUGGAGGCCGGGUAUGGAAGGGAGUGAUGGUAAGGGUGGAUGGGAUAUCAUGAGGUGGCAGCCAGAAUAG